CAUCAUAUUUGAACGCAUUGAAAUAAGCAAUGCUGGUGCAUAAUAGUAGAAGGCAGGUGCCACUAAUUCAACCACUUGGUACCUGCCUCAUGCAUCCUGACGACAGCCUGCUUUUGCUUUUGCUUUUGCUUUUGCCUGCCUUUGGGUAACCUUCCUUUAAGUAACCUUUCAAACGUUCCAACACUAAGUUUUUGCAAACCAUCUCCGUUAGGUUAUUCCAUACAUUCGAUUCGGCCGAAUCAACUCAAACUCAUCAAAGAACCAAAGAACCAAAGAACCUCAACCCUUUAUGAUAGACCACCCACUCGGUUUUUAUCAUACUAUAUUGCAGUACUGCUCCACGCUUACAGUCUACAUCUUACGAGGGGAAAGAUAAGGCCCAGAUCGGAGACCCAUAUUCACCUAUAAGGUGUCGCACUUGGCAAUACGCAAGACAAGAUCUGACAAGACUUAUCAAGACUUACGCGCGCUAUUGAACACUCUAACCCUUGUACAACAAUGGUUCGACCAGAUUCUUUACCAGCUAGGCUGCCUCGUAUAAGCCCGCCCUCGACGGGUAAUAAUUAUCCUCCAGCUAUUUCCGAUGCCUCUUCCACUCAGCGAAAAGGCCAUUCUUCACGCUCUUCGAAAACAAAUAUCGUCGAAGGUAACAAAAUGAUGCGCAAUAUUGAUCGGCCCCUACCAGGCGACCCAACUGGUAGUCGUAAGUCUCAAGUACAUCCAGAUCUUAGCAAGAAACGAAGCGCCUACUUUGAGAGUGAAUUCGCAGCAGCUAACCGGGGUCCGGACCCGGUCAAGGCUCGAAUACAGAAUGAAGCUAUUGUAAUGGCAGAUCUAAGAACAAAUGUCAUCAUCAAGGACGAGUUUUCUUUUAUAACCGAUCUUUCAUACAACCUAUCCAACAGGUAUCAGCGACCAAUAUCUUCAAUCGUCAUCAACUUGAAGCACGGCUGCUGUAUGAUGUUUGGAGGCUCCUUCGACCCAGCGUACACAUUAACUAUUCAUGCACUUCCGAGCCUCGUUCAGCCUACCACGAAUAAGAGGAAUGCGGCGCUCAUUCAGCGACAUAUUCAAGAGACCCUAGGUGUCAUAGCGUCGAGGGGCUAUGUACGCUUCGUUGCUACCCCCGAGGAGAAUGUUGCCAUUGGGGGCAAGACAAUUGCUGCUGAGAUAAACGAAUCUGGCAAUGCCAUGGCCGAUGACACUCCCGCCGAGACUAGAAAAAGCGCCAAGUCAAAUCGGAGACUUGGUGUUAAGUCUUUUGGGGGCUUCAGAUCCGCCUCCAUGACUGAUCUCGCGAAGGUUCCUACGCCACCUCCGAGUACCUCAGACGAGACUACGCCCAUCACGACCAUUCCCGAAGUGCCCCCUACGCCGCCCGAGGACGACAAGUUGGGCGACUUAAUCGAGCACAAGCCGGUCAAGACUGCAUCACGUCGCAGAAGUCUAAGAUUUAGUCUGUUUAGUGGGAAGACAGCGGUGUAAUAGAGUAGCGGUCACAACCGCUUAUCACUUUUUUGUGACACUAAACCUUUUGGUUGAGAUUGCC